AUGGCACCACCGAGAGGCUCUGCCGCUUAUAAGAAGCAAGAUGGCACCCUCGCCCUGUCCAAAGACGGCCAGUCGGUCUCUUGGACUCCUAUCACACCACCUGGGGCAAAGCCGGCCUUGAGCCUACCUAUCUCUACUAUUACUAAUCUGCAACAGACCCCGGCAAGCAGUGCCAAAGUAAUGUUGAGAAUCUUUAUACAACCUCCCAGCAGCCAGACGUCAGAAACACAUGUAUUCGCGUUUACCUCGGUCACGACGGCACGUGCAGAGGCAGACUCAUUGCGCGACGCCCUCAGUAAAGCAAUACAAGCUGCCAAGUCGGGCGGACAUUCCCCUGCAGCAGGCGGGGUGCCAUCAGCCUCAAUGGCCAUGGCAAGUGCUGUAACGUCGAAGAUUAGCCCUAGCGAUUCCAGUGUUCUUUACGAUGACGAGAAGUUGAAGCAGGAUGCUCAGCUGCAGCAGUCAUUGCUCAAGGCCAGCCCGUCCCUCUCAAGGACUUUCACAGAAUCCUUGCGGACAAAACCCGAGUCCAUAUCUAUCUCUCAGCUCUCCAACCAAUUCUGGUCUAGUCGAGUACAUCUUUUGCGGGCGCAUGCUGUCGAGCAAAAUCAAACGAGGGGUGCCUACAAUGUUCUCUCCGUUAUCAAGCCAGUGACGGUGGAUGGGACUACCAAGCUUAGCAUAAGCAAAGAACAAAUUCAAUUGAUCUUCAAGCAGCAUUCUUUAGUCAAGCGCGUUUAUGAUGAAAAUGUGCCAAAGAUAAGGGAAGAAGACUUCUGGUCGAAAUUCUUCCAGAGCCGUCUCUUCAAAAAGCUGAAGGGAGAGCGGAUCAUGGACAAUGACCCUACAGAUGCAAUUUUGGAUAAGUAUUUGCAGGUUGAUGAGGAUGAGGAAAGACCGCGACAACGUAUGUCCAACCACAUCCCACACAUCAUAGACAUCGAGGGCAAUGAAGAGAACCACAGCCAGCGAAAAGGUAAUGACGGGGAUAGAACCAUGCGGCCCAUUGCGCUAAACAGAGCUCCCGUGAUUCGUACUUUGAAUGCCCUCAGUGAAAAGAUCCUUUCCCAGGUCGAGCCCAACGACAAGGAUCCAUCAGAGCCUAUUGGCAUGGAUGAAGAGACGUUCAACGAAUUGAGACUUCGAGAUUUGCAAGGCGAGGCUAAAGAAAGCCGCAAUAUCCUCAACAUCAAGGACCAGUCUCGCUUCUUCGCCUCGGACAAAGACUCUGGCGUUUCCAUAGACGCAUUGCGCUACGCCAAGCAGGACCCGUCAAAGGCACUGCAGAUCUUAAGAGCGGAUAUUGAUAUGGCGUUGUCACAUCGUGACCUUUCUACGGCCAUAGGUAUCAACGAAGAAAGCGACAGUUCAGAGGAUGAGGACGCUGAACACGAAAGUCAUGUAGGUAGCAAGGCGUCCUUCGCAGGUGCAACCUCGCAAAUGCUAGCUGCAAUAUCAGAACAGCGUCUCCAAAACGACGACACCUCAUCUGACUCUUUUUCCACUGUCGCUUCAACGUCGACCUCGGGCCUCUCGCAAGUUAUCUUCGAUCGCUUGACUUUGACUCACGCGACGACCACAGAGUUCCUUAAUUAUUUCUGGUCAGCUUUUCUCUCCGGCUCUCAAAGUCGGGCAGAAGAGAUAGGCAGGCUUGUUGAGUCGCUUGAUAGGGCAAUGGACAGGAUCAAGGCCGUAGCAGAGGAUGCGGAGAAUGAAAGGCAGAAAGUGGUCCAAAAGUACAGGAAGCAAAUAAAGGAAUACAAUAGCAAAGCAAAACGGCCUAAGGAUUUUGAUGAAGGGAGCAUUUCUGGAGGCGCAAAGGCUGUCAAUCAGCUAUUUGCACCUACCAUGAGAGCUAUUGAGGCUGCAGAGAAGGGCUAUCGGAAGGCUUUGAAAGCGCAAGUUGAUGAUGAGGGCUAA